ACAGUCUAUAUUGUAAACACCAACAUAAGAGAAAAAUAGGUCAUGUCGAACAAAUAAUUAUAAUAUAUACAAGAGUGCAAGUAGUUGUGAUCACGUUAGAGCAGUUUGUAGUUAUAAUUCUAUGUUAUUUUAACCGAACAGAAGAUGAAUAUUGUAAUAUGUGGUUUGGUUUUAAUAACCUAUAUAGUAAACUGUGUGGCAGCAGAACAAAGGACUGUUGAUUCUAAUGUAGGUAAGAUAACGGGUGAUAUUCGUACAGUAAAAAUUGGCCCUAAUACAGCUGAUAUAACCACCUUUCUGGGGAUACCGUAUGCUGAACCUCCCGUAGGAAAUCUGAGAUUUAGAAAACCUAUGAAGAAGGCGAAAUUUGACAACACGUUUGUCGCUUCCGAAUAUGGGGCUUCUUGUACCCAGGUCCACGAAAUGUACACUCCGGACAAAAUGGACGAAGAUUGUUUAUUUUUAAAUAUUUAUACCCCUGAUAUAACUGAAAGUGACACCAAAUAUCCGGUAAUGAUUUUUAUUCAUGGUGGUGGUUUCGUUUUUGGAGACGGUAAAUCGAUGAACGGGGAGAAAUUAACUGCAUAUGGAAAAUUAGUCACGGUCAGUAUCAACUACCGGUUAGGACCUCUUGGUUUCCUCAACACUGGUGAUGAUGCUGUGGAUACCAAUAAUGGUCUGAGAGAUCAACAUCUGGCCAUUAAAUGGGUGAAGGACAAUAUUGAAAGUUUUGGUGGCGAUUCUAAUUCAAUAACAAUAUUUGGAGAGUCAGCUGGCAGUGUCUGUGUGAUGUACCAAACUAUUUAUCCAGAAAACGAAGGACUAUUUCAAAGAGCAAUCGCUGAAAGUGGUUCAGCCAAUUCCUUCUGGGCAGUUACUCGUAAUCCCAAAGAGAAAUCCAUAUCGUUAGCAGAAAUUUUGGGCUGUCCGGAAACGUCGUCUUCUAAAGCGGUUGUUCAAUGUCUUCGUGAUUUCAAGAAUACUACUCACAUUGCCCUUGUCUCCAACGUAACUGGGGGUGGAUUUGAAUGUUGGGGCCCAUCUCUGGAUGAUGAUUUUGUCAUUAAGGAUAGAAUAGACGCUCUUGAUCACCCAACUGCCCAACAAAAUUUAAUUCCUUUUAAACAUCUGGACCUUUUGAUGGGAACUACUGAUUACGAUGGUGUAGUAUUUUUAUUAUUUGGUGAAGUGGCUACAUAUUUCACAGAAUUAGAAAGUGCAUCAACUGUUGACGAAAUUCAGCAAGCUAACAAAAAAAUGAUUUCAUCGGUAUUAAAAAAUGUUUUCGGUAAAGACUUAGCAUUAGAACUUUUGGAUGCUGUUAUUUUUCUGUACAGCAACUACGAAGACCCAUCAGAUGAACUUUUACACAAGAAACAGAUCGCAGACUUUGCAACAGACGUUGCUUUCUUUGUGUCCACAGCUACAGCACUUGAGAAACACGCUUACCAGAACACAGGCUCUAAGACUUACCAAUACGAGUUCUGUGAUCGCCACGACUUUCAGUCCAAAGAUCCGUGGAUUAAAGGGGCGUUACAUGGCGAUGAACUACUCUACGUUUUGGGAAUGCCUGAAGAACUUGGGUUUUAUUACGAAAUUACAGACGAACAGUUCACUGCUAAAUGGCCAUUGGCAACAAUGAUGAUGGACUAUUGGACAAAUUUCGCUAAAACGGGGGAUCCUAAUUCACCACGUAAACCACCUGUAGAAUGGCGUGAAUAUACCAGCUCAGAUAAAAACUAUCUGUAUAUAACUUCAGAUGAUAUAGCCAACAGAAAACAUUUAAAUGCCCGACGAACAGCAUUCUGGACCAGUUAUGUUCCCAAGCUGAUCAAGAACACAGGUGGUAAUCACUGGUCUCAUAAAAACUAAGUACUGGACAGAAUAAUCGUAAACAUUGUUCCACGUCCAAGAUAUAGAUGAAUGUGUUAUUUUCGAAACCUAUCACUGAGAUUUUGUUGGGAUAUCAACCUGUGCUUAAAGCAAACGUGAAGUCUCGUGUAACAAAAGUUUGCUUCACCAGCAUCACACCAAUUAUUUCCACUUUUUUCUGAAUGACUUAACUGGGAUAUCAAACUGUGUGAAAACGGAUGUUGAACGCCAGAUUAUUAGAAAUAUAUCUUUGUCACAUAUAAACCUAAUAUUCACAUUAACGAUUCAUUAUACGAGAGAUGAAUCUGUCUUUUGCUGGUCUUUCUUUUGGAUUCAAAUGUUAUAUAAAUUAUUUUUUAGAAUAUUCAUGUGCAAAGCACACACUCAACUUUCUGGAUGGCUUGGUUAUUGAAUGGAUCAGAAGGUUCCCACCACGUCUGCGUUAAAUGUUAAUAGUGUAAUAGGCCAUGUGAAUGAAAUGACUGACAAUCGAGACUUCGUAAAUAUCGUACAAUAAUAAAAAAAAAAAUAUUUUUUUCGUCAUGGGUGACAAAAUCUACCUUCACGGUCAAUGACAUACCUGGACAACUUUCAUUUGUAUAAUAGCGAUACUUAAAGGUAUACAAUAUUGUACCAAUGCAAAUAAAUAUUGUUUAUGUCAGAA